AUGUUGCUAUAUGCGGUGCUUGCAGGUGAUAAGGGUGUCCCUUCUCACCAGAGGGUAUUGAUCGCGUGCAUCGUUGAAAUAACCUCUUUCACGGAGAACGUUCUACGACUGUUCUCUAUGUUGCUGUCGUUCGUGUACCUGCGCUACCUUCAGCCCAACCGACCGCGGCCCUACCGCAGCCCGUUUGGCCUAGCGGGGGCUUUCGUCGGUCUGCUAAUGUGCGGGAUCUCCAUCUUCGCCAUCCUGUACACGAGUGUGAGCGACACGAUCUUCCUGGCCUCGAUCGUGGUGACUGCGUUGGUCUUCAUCGCCGGUAGCGUGUACUUCUGCCGAGUUGUGCUGCCCAAGAUCCAGAACAACACCCUCGGCUCGCCCGUCACUUCCAAGGAUAUGAGCGAGAACUUGUUAAGUGCCCGCAGUCAAGUGCCCAUCUCGACCGGGGCCUAG